AUUUUUGCAUUUCUUGCAGAAGAAUAAAUAAAUUAAAAAAAAAAGAUAACUUGUGGCAAAACUUCAGGUUGAUCAUAAAGCCUAUGUAUAAGAAACGCAUAGAUCUGCAUUAAGUUAUCAGAACACAUGUUUUACAAAUGCUGAUGGUGAUUUUUUUUUUUAAAUAUUUUAUGAUGAUGUUUUUCUGUAUAAAGGCAGAUAGAAAAUAUAAUCUCCUAUUGACUGGUUUAUGCUGAUUUGGUAAUGACAUUAUGUUGACUUCCCUGUUUUUUGGCUUGUUUGUUGGCAUUGCUACGGCUGAAUAUGGAUGGGAACCGGGCACACAAUAUAGUUAUAGUGUCAGAGGAAGAACUGUUACAGGACUUCAUCAGAUUGCAAACCAAUUCACUGGAGUGUUGAUGCAAGCAAAGCUUACUAUUCAAGCUAAAUCUGAUUCUACGCUUAGUCUCCAAAUCAUAGGAGCUAAAUAUGCCGAAAUACACAGAAAUCUUAGCAAUGGUUGGGAUACAUACAUUCCAGAUGAAUCACUUGAUUAUAUGAAACUACAUUUACAUAGUGGAGCAUUUGAGCUUUAUCUUGAUGAUGGCAUUAUUAAAGAAAUGAUUGUGGAUCAAAGUAUACCUACUUGGGAGUUAAAUGUUCUAAAAAGUAUUGUUAGCUUACUACAAGUUGAUGUACAAGCAGAAAAUGUCAUAAAAUCUAGAUUGAAUCUGAUUCCAAAUUCUGAUUUAAGCUUAGGUACUUAUAAAACUAUGGAGGAUUCAGUCAAUGGAGUCCAUGAAACAAUUUAUGAUAUUUCUGAAAUCCAACAAUACGCCUUACAAAGCCAACAUCAGUUGUUACCUUUGCCCCAUUCACUAGGUAAAGGCAAAGUAUUCGAAAUUGUUAAAAAUAGAAACUUUUCUAAUAGCAAUCAGCAUGUGGUGUAUCAUUCUGGAUUAGAUGGCCAAACUAAUUGGAAACCAGGCUCCAAUCAAAUGGGAAAAUUCCUUACUCGUACAUCAAUGAGCCAGAUAAUAAUUUCAGGGAAUCGUAAACACUACACUAUACAAUCUUCAACAACUAUUGAUAAGAUAAUUGUAGCGCCUCAUUUAUACAAUAAACAAAAAGGAAUGGUUGGAAGCAAAUUUAAUCUUACACUUGAGUCUGUCAAUUCAAUUAAAUUACCUUUUCCAGUUGUUAGUAACCCAAGGCCAAUAAGAAAUUUGGUUUAUGAGUAUAAUCCCAAUAGUUCAACAAGUAAAAAGAUGAAAGAAGGGCUAUCUGACUUUAAGCUUGAUGGCAGUCUUGACUUUAAAUCUUCUCAAGUGAUUUCAGAUGAAUUAAGUUUUUUGUCUACUUCCAAAUUAUCAGAAGCAUCCCCUUUAGAUUAUGUUACUUUUACUGGUGAAACAAAAAAUGAACAUGAUGUUUUGAAUAGUACUCAAAAUAUUAUUAGACUUGCUCGUGAAAUUGGCCAAGGUAUUGUUUCUCCAAACGCCUUGACUGGAGAGAGAACCUUAAAUAAAUUCUCUCUGUUAGUUCGUUUAACAAGAACUAUGUCAACUGAACAGUUAAAAGAAGUUUCUGAAAAUAUCUAUUACCCCUAUUUAAAAACUAGGAAAGCUAACAGUUUAGAAAUUGCCCGUAACUAUCAAGCAUGGAUAUCUUUUCGUGAUGCAGUAGGUCAAUCUGGAACUGGACCUGCUCUUAUGAGUAUUAGAGAAUGGAUAGUUUCGAAAAAAGUUGUUGGAGAAGAAGCUUCUCACCUAAUUAUGUCAUUAUCCAAAACAGCAAAGUAUCUGACAGCUGAUUACAUUGAUUAUUUCUUUGACAUGUUGAAUGAUGAAUUAAUCAAGAAUCAUGUUUCAUCAAGAACAAGUGCAGUUCUGUCAUUUACUGAAAUAAUUAAUAAAGCAUUAGUUAAUCAAAAAUCUUCUGAAAAGAAUUAUCCUGUGCAUUUUUUGGGAUCCGUUAAAGCUAAAAAUGUCAGUGCAAUACUUGAAAAAUAUAUCUCUUAUUUUCAAAAGAAGUUACACGAAUCUGUAAACCAGAAGAAUUCGGUUGAUAUUCAAUUGUAUAUUCGAGCACUCAACAACAUAGCUCAUCCUUACACCCUCAAAGUAUUUAAACCUUAUCUUGAAGGAAAAACCACCAUUUCUAAAUUCCAAAGAUUCACAAUAAUUGCAUCUAUGGACAAACUUGUUAAAACUUAUCCUAAUCUAGCUCGCACAGUUUUGUUUAGAAUCUAUAGCAACAUGGCUGACACGCCCGAAAUUCGGAUAGCAGCUGUAAUGCAGUUCAUAAAAACAAAUCCUCCAGUUCUUAUGCUUCAAUCCAUGGCACAGCAGACUAACUUUGAUCUGAACAAACAGGUUAAUGCUGCUGUGAAAUCAGCUAUAGAAAGUUAUGCAAAACAAGAAGUAAAUCAAUAUAAUAAAGAAAUGGUUCAGAAAGCAAAAGCUGCUGUAAAUAUGCUGGCUGCUGAGAAUUAUGGUUUACACUAUUCAAGGAAUUUCAUAAAUUCAUUUAUUGUAAAAGAACGAAAUUUAGCCUAUAAACAUCAUUUAGCUUAUAUUCAAAGUGCUGAUAGCAUAUACCCCAGUUCGUUUUUUUAUCAUUUGAAAAAUAACAUAGGAGGUUACAAACACAAUUCAAUUGAAAUGAACUUUGUAACAUCAAGUACAAGCAAACUUAUCGAUCUUUUAUAUAAUGGAUUUUUCGGGAAUGAUAAUAAGAAACAGAGAAGAGAAAAGAGAAUUAAUUUAUCAAACUCAAAAUGGUCUCUAAAUAAUAUUUAUGAUUCUCUUAACUUUAAAAAAGAAGAAAAUGAACAACUGGAAGGCCAUAUUUUAGCGACUGUACUGGGUGUUAAAAGAUAUUUUUCUUUCGAUAAUAAUACCCUACAAAAUAUUCCGAAAAAUGUUGCUGGAAUUGUGACCGAUAUGAUGAAUAACAGAAGGUUUAAUUUUACAAAUCUUUACAAUGAGUACUCUAUGGAAAUUGUGUUUCCGACAACUAUGGGUUUUCCUUUCAUUUAUACUUUGGAAACUCCAACACUUGUUAAUUUUGGUCUUCAGUUGACUGGAGAUGGACGUACUACACCACUUGGUAGCCAUUCUGCUGUCCAUACUGAUGACUUGAGUCUUAGUGGAAAUUAUAAUAUUCUUUAUUCUACUCAUAAGGAAGGGAAAAUAGGAUUUGUUACACCUUAUAAUGGUAAAAUGUACACAACUGGCUUGGAAAGGAAUAUUCAUGUGCACAUAACAAUAAAAGUGGAUGUUAAUAUAAAUGUAAAACAACCUAAAAUCAAUGUUACUUUAGAACCCAUAGAUAAAAAUGAGGCACAAAAGGUAUUUGAAUAUAGCACUAGAGCAUCCACAUCAAUGCAAGAUUCUAAUAAGAUUAAUUCAUUGAUGGCUAGAAAAGAUGUCCUGUUGGUUCAUAAUGAGCCUAUUAAAGUUGUCCAACAAACAUUCGGAAAAGAAAAAUAUGGUUUCUCUUUUGAUAUUAAAAUGGAAACUGACAAAAACAAUCUUGGGCUUAACUAUAUUUAUAAUCACCUUAAAGGUCAUGAUGUGAUAUCAUUAGCAUCAUUUAUUGACUCAUUAGAUGGAAUAAACAACCAUAACUACUCCAUUACUUUUAAUCCACAGAAUAGUUGGUCUAAAAAGAUGGAACUUUCCCUUUCAUAUAACAAAACUGAUAGUACCAAAACUUCUGUACCCACAAGCUCACAUGAAAGAGAAUCCCAUAAAGGUCCUAGCUUGGAAAAUAAAGAAUCUUACCGAACAGAACUUUUUAAAAAUGUUGCAGUAAAUAUAAAAGAUCCUCAAACAAACUUUAUUCAAUUAAAAAUGUCCUUUAAAGGUCUAUAUGAUACUGAGUAUGAACUAUUACUUGCUUCUUCUAACAGUUUUAAAUCAAACAUUACAAGAAUUUUAGCUUUUAUGAAGAAUUCGACAACAACACACAUGGAACCCAAAAGUUAUGUGGGUGCUCUUGAAUUGACUACAUUAAUGCCCAGAAUCCAACUAGUAAAACAUGGAAUCAGUUUAAACCCUCUUUCCCCUUCUAAAGUUAAGGGAAGAUUCAUUUUUGGUGAGCGACCUCCGUACAAAAGUCAUAUUAUGUUGCAAGGUGACCUUUAUACAAGUCUAGAAAGGCUUAAGUAUCUUAAAAAACAUCCACUGGGAAUUUUGUGUGAGAAGCAAAUUCAAAUGGGUUAUAAAAUACAAGCUGCCUGCAGAAACGUGACUCGCAGAAUGAAUUAUCUUGAUAAGUAUCAAUUCAGAAUCAACUAUCAACACAUUCCAAAUGAUUUCAAGAACAUGGUAUAUAAGAUUUAUAGAUAUAUAAAUCAUCUUUGGUAUGAUUAUAACACCGAGACUGUAAAUUUCAUGGAUAAUGGAGAAAAUAUAGAUGUUAAAAUCGACUUUGGCAAAAAUCUUCUCUCUAGUAAUUUAUCUAUUACUACAUCUGACUUUUCAGACAAGUAUGUAAAUGUUCCUAUUCAUGAAUGGGUUCGUCCAUUAGUCGUUUUACACCCUCAAUACAACAUGAUGGAACGUUUAGGUCAUAGAAUUAUGGUUGGACAGGAAUCACCAACAUGUACAUAUGAUAAAGACCAAAUUACUACGUUUGAUAAUAGGACAUAUUAUGUCAAUUUGGGAGAUAAAUAUCAUAUUUUAACACAGUAUAUUCCUAAAAAUCAUGGUUUUGACAAAAAUGAAAAUGAUGAAUAUUUUAGUAUAAUUGCUGGCCAACGCUCGUUGCAACUAUUGGACCUAAGGAUAAUAGUUGGUGAUGAUGUUCUAGAAGUAACACAGGUUGGCGAUGAUUCAUUAUUAAACUUCAUUUAUAAUGGAAAAAGAAUAAUUAUUUCAGAUGACAUGAAAGAAUUACAUGACUACAGGGGAAGUGUUGUUUUGAAAUUGUUUUCACUUCCUGAGGGAGCAGUGAGAUUAGUUGCUGAAAAGAACGGAUUUGAAAUAAUUCAUCAUGGAAACCAUGUAACAGUCAUAGUCAGCAACAAAUUCAGGAAUAAAUUAUGGGGCCUUUGUGGCAAUUUUGAUGGAGAAAUAUAUAAUGAGUUUACAACUCCUCAGAAUUGUAUAACAAGUGAUAGAAAACAGUUCAUAGCCAGUUAUGAGUUCCUUAAUAAAACAAUUAAAGGAGUGACCCGGAAUAGUGAAUGCUAUAAACGAAAAUACAUAUUUGGAACAAUUGUUAAUGAAGAAGAAGUUAAUAAAUAUAUUGAUAAGGAGAGAAAAAUAAAUUGCGAAGAAACAAUAAAAAAAAGAUUGCUCAAAGAGAUGAUUGAAGCAUCAACUACUUAUAAUCCAUAAAAAAAAAAUGCAUGCUAGCCUGUAAUUUCUAGCAUCAGAAAAUUUCAAAUGUAUUGUAUAUGUAUAUAUUUUGAUUAAUUAUUAGUAUUUUUCAGUGGAAUUAUAUUUGUUUAAUCAACAUUAAUUGUCUUUCUUCCCUCACAUAAUUUCAAUCCUAGAAAAAAUAAUUAUUAUUAGACCCAAAAGAUAAGAAGGAAUAUCAAUUUUCCAAAUAACCAUACAAGUUUUCAUUCUCCUGACUUUUAUAAUCAUUUUAUUGGAAGACUAAUAAUACAAUUUGCCACAGUCAAGGGCAUUGGGCAUUAAGGCUCUAUGUGUACAUUCAUACUAUUAUAUACAAAUCAAGAAAAAAUAAAUAAAAAUAAAACAUCUAAGUAAAAAAUAUAUACAAUAAAAUAAUAACAAAAAUAUAAGAUACUUGUAAAAAAAAAAUACAUUAAAAGGAUAAAAUAGAAAAAAAAAUACAUUAGAAGGAUUGAAGAAUCACCUUUCUUUACUCCAAACCCCUACCAAGUGCUUCAAAAUGACAGAGAAGUAAUGGAGUCUGCAGCAAUACCCAGAGAACCAAAGCCUCCUCCGAUAUUUGUGAAAAAUAUAAAAAAUUUCCAGAUGUUCUGCACCCAACUAAAUAAAAUCUGCUCUGGCAGUUAUUCAUGCCUUAACAGGACCAAUGACACCAAAAUAACACCUGAUUCUGCAGAAGCCUACCGAAAAAUAGUGAAGUACUUAUCAGAAACAAAUGCGAAUUUUCACACUUACCAGCUGAGGCAGGAAAGAGCUUUACCAGUAGUGAUAAGAAAUUUACAUUCCUCAACCCCCACUGAAGUUAUUAAAGAAGAACUAACGACGCUUGGUUUCAAUGUACGCCAGGUAACAAACGUUUUGAAGGAGGACAGGGAGCAGUCAGGAUUACGAAAUAGGAUCCCACUACCAUUGUUUUUCGUGGACUUGGAGCCAUCACCAGGUAUCGAAAAAAUAUAUGAUAUCACAAGAAUAUACUACACAAUGGUGAAAGUUGAGAAGCCAUAUCCCAAGAGAGACAUCGUGCAGUGCCAUAAUUGUCAAACCUAUGGCCACACGAAAACAUAUUGCCACCAUCUGCCGCGUUGCGUGAAGUGCGGUGAACAGCACAAAUCUGUAGAGUGCACCAAACCUAUACAAGAUCCAGCAGUAUGUGCCCUAUGCUUGGAGGGACACCCGGCCAACUACAAAGGCUGCCAAAUUUACAAGAAUCUCAAAACCAGACACCAGAAAAACCGGAUUCAAGAUGAAGCACUAAGAACAAGAAGAGAGAGAGAGCCUUCCAGAAUUGUAAACAAUGAUGUAUCAUUCUCUCAACUACUUAGAGGUAAGACUUUAACCGAUAAAUGUCAAGCCCUGCCACAACAACCUCAAACCCAACCUCAAAAUCCUCUUCAUCCUAAUAUACCUAACCACCAACAACAAAGUCCUCAUAUUCCUCCUCCUUCAAAUGCAACAGAUCUCACAAGUUUGUUAGCAUCUUUCCUCACCGAUUUCAAAUCCCUUGUUACUCCACUCAUAUCACUCCUCACGAAUCUCGUAUCUCACCUUAUCCCUCCUUUGAAAAAUCCUUAAAUGACUCACAUCCCUAAACCCAUAUCCAUUCUCCUUUGGAAUGCGAAUGGUGUUAGAAAUCAUACAGACGAACUAUCUACUUUACUACUUGACAAGAACAUUGAUGUGGCACUAAUUACUGAAACUCGACUAACCACUAAACAGCACUUCAAUAUACCACAAUACCUGACAUAUCGUACUGACCACCCUGACGGAAAAGCACAUGCCGGUACUGCUGUAAUUGUACACCAAUCCCUCUCCCAUCACGUACUCCCAUUACCAAUACAUGAUUUCCUACAGUCCACCGCUAUCGUGAUAAAAACCUUCUCCUUUCCGGUCACUCUUGCAUCAGCGUAUUGCCCUCCUAACCGAUCCAUAUCCAAUGCCCAAUUCAGUUCUCUCCUCGACUCCUUAGGACAUCACUUCAUCUUGGGUGCAGACCUAAAUGCCAAGCACCAACAAUGGGGUUCCAGAACCACGAAUUCUCGCGGCCGAACCCUGCUGUCUGCACUCAAUUCCCAACGUUUUCACCUCCUUUCCCCCAACUCUCCUACCUACUGGCCCACAGAUCCCAACCGUAAUCCUGAUCUUCUUGAUUUCUUUAUCCACAGCGGCUUAAGUCCCCUCAAUUGUUCCAUUACACGUCUUAAUGAACUUUCCUCUGACCAUAGUCCUCUAAUCCUUAAUGUUUCACGUGAACCUGUUCCCAAACCUUCUCCACCGUCAUUCAUUAGGGGCCCAGUAAACUGGGACCUUUUCCGCCAAAUAAUCUCCGAUAAUAUUAAUCUCAACAUAUCCCUCAAAACUCCCGAUGACCUUGAUAGUGCCGUAAAUUCCUUUACUACCACAAUCCAACAAGCCGCCUGGACUGCCUCCUUCCCAAAAGACUCCUCCAGAAUUCCUAUAAAGACCAUUCUACCCCAACACAUCCUUAACCUAAUCCGCACCAAACGCCGUGCCAGAUUAUUAUGGCAACGUACCCGACAUCCUACCGACCGCUGCUCCUAUAAUUACUACUGCAAACAAUUAAAACUGGAAUUAGCCACCUUCAGAUCACAAUCCUUCAACUCCUACCUAUCCUCCCUCUCUUCUCGCGACAAUUCCCUUUGGAAAACCACAACAAAAAUCCUAAAUCCUCACCGCAUUUCCCAUCCUCUCCGACGAGGUGAUGGCUCCUGGGCAGCAUCUGACGAAGAUAAAGCUGAGGAGUUCGCCAUUCACCUAUCCAAUACAUUUAUUUCACAUCCGGAAUCCCAUCCUGCCCACACCGUAACAGUAGAAGAACUCCUUACAUCACCAAUCCCACUUUCCUUGCCCCCAAAAGCUAUUCAUCCUUCCGAAGUAAAAUUUCAAUUAAAAAAACUAAUCCUCCAUAAAGCUCCUGGACAUGAUCUCCUUACACCUCAAAUCCUUCGACAACUUCCAUCCAAAGCAGUCAUAUUCCUUACAUAUAUCUACAAUUGUAUCCUACGCACCACCCACUUCCCUCUGUUAUGGAAACACUCCACUAUUAUCCUUUUCCCAAAACCAGGAAAACCUCUCAAUAGCUCAACAUCCUAUAGACCAAUCAGCCUACUCCCAAUCCUUUCAAAAAUUUUUGAAAAGAUCCUUUUGAAACGAAUCCUACCCAUUAUAGAAUCCCAAAAUAUCCCUUCCCAUCAGUUUGGUUUUCGCUCUCAACAUUCUAC